AGAAGAUGAUGAUGAAGUUCUGUGCGCUGUUGUUGUUCGUUCACGCGUUCACAAUAUUCAUCAACCCAAGUGAAGCCUCUGGAACCGAAAAACAUUGGAAAGACGAAAUUUGCUCUAAAUACUGCCCAUCAGUCUGUAUACAUGGUGGCUGCGAAAAAGAAGAACGCUGUGAAUAUCCCUGCAACAAAUAUUACGAUCAAGUUUACUUCAAAAUGUAUUGUGAAUGCCGUGAAAAAUGUUAUAAAGAUUGCAUACAAAAUCUUAUUUUAGAAGAAUACUGUAACCUUCACAGUAUAAAGAACCUUACCAUGAAAUUUAGACUUGAUGAAUGUAAACAUAUUGAAAAAGAAAAAGAACUUUGGAAAGGAAUUUAG